ACUACGUCCUCUAGCACAGGACCUACAGAUCCUACAACAGUCUCGACAUCCAGCGAAGCGACCACCACUACGUCCUCUAGCACAGGACCUACAGAACCUACAACAGUCUCGACAUCC